AUGGCUUCAAGCUCCAUAGCCCUUUUCUUGGCUCUCAAUCUUCUCUUUUUCACAACAAUAUCUGCAUGCGGUAGCUGCACCCCUUGCGGUGGAGGUUGCCCCUCUCCCAAGCCAAAGCCAACUCCUAAACCAAAACCAACCCCAAGCCCUAGCUCUGGCAUGGGAAAGUGCCCUAAAGACACUCUCAAGCUCGGUGUCUGCGCCAAUGUGCUCAAAGGACUCCUUGACUUGACCCUUGGAAAGCCACCGGUAGAGCCAUGCUGCAGUCUCAUCCAAGGACUCGCUGAUGUUGAAGCAGCCGCGUGUCUCUGCACCGCUCUUAAGGCUAACGUUCUUGGAAUCAACUUGAACCUCCCUAUAUCUCUAAGUCUGCUCCUUAAUGUUUGCAGCAAACAAGUUCCUCCUGGCUUCCAGUGCUAA